UUGUUGGGGGAAGACAAAAAUAUUUUACUUCUACCCGCAGAAAACGAAACGACAGACGUUUCCAUGUGUUGAAGGAUAAAACGGUGGACUGUUCAUCAUAUAUGUAAUACCAGCUUCUUCGUUAGUCACUGGCUCCAUCCGUUCGUCACUCAAAACCCGCGAAAACCAUAAUUCUUCGAAUGAAGGAAACCAGAAACCGAAGCAGCAAAAGCGCCAAAGGCUCCAAACUCUGAACUUUUGAAAUUUUAAAAGGAAAAAAAGGCUUAGAAGCAGUAAAUGGAUCGGAUCCAGGCAGCAAAUGAGCUCGCUUUUCGGGUCGGAUUCUCCGGUCACAGCGGCCACCUCCGGGUCGAGCCGGUUUAUACCGUGGAGCGUGUCGACCCCGUGAGGUCGUUGCCGGAUUUUAUCCUUCCUCCUGCAUUUCCUAGAGAUACGCCUGAAUCGAUAAAAGAGCAUAUUGAGGAGGAAUAUCUCUUGCCAAGAUUGGAUCCUGAUGAAUUUUCUGCAGAAAAAGAUGGAAGGCAAUGGAAAUUUGAUUGGUUUGGGAGAGCAGAAGUACCACUGGAGCCAUCUGUGCCCCGCUCCGUUAUGGUUCCAAAGUGGGAGUUGCCGUUUAGGCGCCAGAAGAAGGGAUCGGAGAAAGGAAUAUGGGAACCCACUUCAGUGCAGGUGGAUGUGUCAGAAUUGAUGGUAGGCGAUGAAGAUCCAGGUCCCUUUCAACGUGCUGUUGGACCCUCAGCAGAUUUUGUGAGAGGAGGCAUAAAUAACCGCCCUUUUCGGCCAGGAGGUUUGGAGAAUUCCUCAUCUUUAGAGAGAAUCCUUCCUGAUGGUGCUCUGAAUGGUGAAUGGGUACGUGAGAUCCUAAAUGGUGGCCCUGCUCAGACUGUUCCUCCCAGCUUUAAGCGGGGAUUAAAUCUGGGUAAUAUUAAGGAAUAUCCACGCAAUUGGAGUGUUUAUGAGGACCAAAGUUCACUCAAUAGGACAGCUGAUGAAAAGUUGAGUGAGCUAUCGGUGCAAUUUGAUGACCUGUUCAAAAAAGCUUGGGAAGAAGAUGUGGUUGCUGAAUAUGGCAGGGAUGGUGAUUUGUCAGAAACAGAGUCCUCUGUGUCCGAUGCAGAGGCAAGUAAGAUUGAUGUGAACACGAAUGUACUUGAGUCUGAAUUAUCUCCAUUGGAUGAGAUUUUGUCAGUUGAAAGAGAGGCACCAUCCCCAAUGGUGGAUGGGACUAAUGAUGGCAGUGGACAGCCGCAGAAGGAGGUCUGGGCAGUUAGUGGUGGGAGUGAAGGAAUUGCUGAUCACUUUCAUGAACUUGUUCCUGAAAUGGCCUUUGAUUUCCCCUUCGAAUUGGAUAAAUUCCAAAAAGAGGCUAUCUAUUAUCUGGAAAAGGGGGACUCUGUUUUUGUGGCAGCCCAUACAUCAGCUGGAAAGACAGUGGUUGCAGAAUAUGCAUUUGCUUUGGCAACAAAACACUGCACUAGAGCUGUAUAUACUGCUCCUAUUAAGACCAUCAGCAACCAAAAGUAUAGAGACUUUUGCGGAAAGUUUGAUGUAGGUCUUCUUACUGGUGAUGUUAGCUUGAGGCCAGAGGCUUCUUGUCUCAUCAUGACCACUGAGAUAUUGAGAUCAAUGCUUUACCGUGGUGCCGAUAUCAUACGUGAUAUUGAAUGGGUUAUAUUUGAUGAAGUGCACUACGUCAAUGAUGUUGAAAGAGGUGUAGUUUGGGAAGAAGUUAUAAUCAUGCUUCCAAGGCAUAUAAAUUUUGUCCUCCUUUCUGCGACGGUGCCAAACACAAUUGAGUUUGCUGACUGGAUUGGUCGGACAAAGCAAAAGCAGAUUCGUGUUACUGGGACUAGUAAAAGACCUGUCCCACUAGAGCACUGCCUGUUUUAUUCAGGAGAACUUUACAAAGUGUGUGAAAGUGAAUCUUUUAUUCCACAAGGAUUGAAAGCUGCUAAAGAUGCAUGUAAGAAAAAGAAUCCGGUUUCAGUUAGUGGUGGAAGAUAUGUUGGAUCUUCAGCAGCUCAUGAUGGGACUCGAUCUCAGAAACGUGAAAAUCCUAACCGUAGCAAACAGAGCAAGCAUUCUGGUUCAAUAAAUUCUGGGAACAUCUCAGGGCGUGGUGGAGGGAAUCAGAAUAAUGGUAGUGGCCACAACAAUUGGGGGUUGCGUAGAUCAGAAGCUUCAGUUUGGUUGUUGCUUAUUAACAAGCUUUCUAAAAUGUCACUACUGCCUGUAGUUAUAUUCUGUUUCUCAAAGAAUCGCUGUGAUAAAUCAGCUGAUAGUUUGUAUGGAACUGAUCUCACUAGUAGUUCUGAGAAAAGUGAAAUCCAAGUAUUUUGUGACAAAGCUUUUUCAAGACUGAAGGGGUCUGACCGCAAUUUACCUCAGGUUGUCAGAGUUCAAAGUCUUCUUCGCAGAGGGAUUGGUGUUCAUCAUGCAGGGUUGCUUCCUAUUGUUAAAGAAGUGGUUGAAAUGCUUUUCUGUCGUGGUGUGAUUAAAGUAUUGUUCUCAACAGAGACAUUUGCAAUGGGUGUCAAUGCUCCAGCUAGAACGGUUGUUUUUGAUACUUUAAGAAGUUUGAUGGUAGCAACUAGGCUUGAAUCUCAGUUUCGACUAACUUACAUAAUGAUCCUUCAUCUCCUGCGUGUUGAAGAGUUGAAGGUGGAGGACAUGUUGAAAAGAAGUUUUGCUGAAUUUCAUGCCCAGAAGAAGCUUCCAGAAAAGCAGCAAUUACUAAUGCGGAAACUUGCCCAACAAACCAAAGUUGAAUGUAUUAAAGGUGAACCGGCAAUUGAGGAGUACUAUGAGAUGUGUGCAGAAGCUGAGAAAUACCACAAUCAGAUAUCAAAAGCUGUCAUGCAGUCUCCUCUUGCCCAACAAUUUCUUACACCUGGCAGAGUAGUUGUCAUGAAAUCACAAUCAGAUGGGGAUCACUUACUAGGAGUUGUUUUGAAAGGAUCUUCAGCCAGUAACAAACAGUACAUUGUUUUAGUGCUGAAACCUGACAUACCAUCAGUGUCUCAAAGUCCUGCGGGUGGUGAUAACAAAAGUUCCAAUUUACCACAAGGUUAUUUUAUGUUACCAAAAACAAAACGCACUUUCGAAGAUGAGUAUUUUUCUUCAGUUGCUUCGCGUAAAGGGUCAGGUGCAGUGAACUUAAAAUUACCACACCAUGGUACUGCAGCUGGUGUGAAUUAUGAGGUUAGAGGGUUUGAUAAUCAGGAAUUUUUAUGCAUAUGCAAUUGCAAGAUAAAGGUUGAUCAAGUUAGGCUCCUUGAAGUUGUUAGCAAUGCUGCUUUCUCUCAGACAGCUCAGCAGCUAUUGGAUUUAAAAUCCAAAGGAGUCAAAUACCCACCAGCCUUAGAUCCAUUAAAAGAUCUGAAGUUGAAAGAUGUAAAUCUUGUGGAAACAUACUACAAAUGGACUCAUCUAUUGCAAAAGAUGUCAACAAAUAAAUGCCAUGGGUGUGUAAAAUUGGAAGAGCACCUUAAGUUAGCAGAAAGUAUUUCUAGGCACAAUGAGGAAGUUAAAUCUCUUAUGUUCCAAAUGUCUGAUGAAGCACUUCAGCAGAUGCCUGAAUUUCAGGGCCGGAUAGAUGUUCUCAAGGAAAUUGGAUGCAUAGAUGCUGAUCUUGUAGUUCAAAUUAAAGGUCGUGUUGCUUGUGAGAUGAAUUCAGGGGAGGAGCUGAUAUGUACAGAGUGCUUAUUUGAGAAUCAACUUGAUGACCUGGAGCCUGAAGAAGCAGUUGCAUUAAUGUCAGCCUUUGUAUUUCAGCAAAAAAAUACAUCUGAGCCUUCUCUUACUCCCAAGCUAUCUAAAGCAAGGCAGAGAUUGUACUUGACAGCAAUGAGGCUUGGGGAACUUCAAGCCGAGUUCAAACUAUCAAUAAACCCGGAAGAGUAUGCAAAGGAGAAUCUUAAAUUUGGUCUUGUACAAGUCGUCUAUGAAUGGGCAAAGGGAACUGCAUUUGCCGAUAUCUGUGAACUUACGGAUGUUCCUGAAGGCCUGAUAGUGAGGACUAUUGUGAGGUUGGACGAAACCUGUCGUGAAUUCAAAAAUGCAGCAUCUAUCAUGGGCAACUCUGCGCUCUAUAAGAAAAUGGAACUUGCAUCAAAUGCCAUAAAGCGCGAUAUUGUUUUUGCAGCUAGCUUGUACAUCACCGGAGUCUGAAUACGCUGAAGCUUCAUUAGAUUUGCCCUUUGGAUUCUGCUAGCGGAUGUGUAAAAUCAGAUCUUAGAAAUAUAAAAUCUCUCUCUGCUGGCUGUGUCUGUACAUUAAUUCUCUCUGCUAUUUGUAUCAGAACAUUACUCCCUUGUGAUUUUUGUUCCAUAGAAGUUGAACUUGAGAUGUGAAAAAGAACAAAUAGGGAUAGCUGAAAACAUUUAGGAGACCAAAUUUUCGUUUUAUAGUUUAUAAAGCGGGAAAUGACAUCUUUCUUGUGUGGAAUUCUAAUUUUUCAACAAUAGUAUAUUGGGAAGCAAGUGUACUUAUUAAA